AUGGAGGACGGGCCAAUCGCCUCCAUCGCCGAGCCCGGCAUUAAGGCGGAUGGGCAGCUCCUAUAUACCAUGCGCAAAGAGGUUGCGCACCUGUUGGGUCGCGCCCAAACCGGCUUCCCUGGCGCGCAGCCUGUGAGCUUCGGAAGGAAGCAUAUCAAGGCGCUCAAAGAUCAAGACUACUAUGUAUGCGAGAAAUCUGACGGUAUUCGGUACCUUCUCUAUUCGACGAGAGAUGAGAGCGGCGCCGAAGCACACUACCUGAUCGACCGCAAAAACGACUACUGGUUCAUUACAAACCGUAAUCUACACUUUCCCCUCGACAGCGACCAGACUGCCUUUCACAUUGACACGGUCCUCGACGGCGAGCUCGUGUGGGACAGCAAGCCCAACGGCGGCAAGGAGCCACGCUUCCUUAUCUUUGACUGCCUCGUCAUGGAUGGACAGGUGCUCAUGGAUCGCACAUUGGACAAGAGGCUGGCAUACAUCAAGGAACGAUUUCACACACCUUACAAGCGCUUAUUCAAGGAAUUUCCCGAGGAGCUCAAGUUCCAGCCAUUCUACGUCGAGAUGAAACCGUUCCAGCUUGCGUAUGGCAUCGAGAUGAUGUUCAAGCAGAUCCUGCCGAGUCUCAGGCACGGCAACGACGGGCUCAUCUUCACCUGCCGCCACACGCCAUACCGCCACGGCACGGAUCCCAACAUUCUCAAGUGGAAGCCGCCGGAAGAGAAUACUAUCGAUUUUCUCCUCAAGCUGCAUUUCCCGACAGUGCAGCCGAACCAGGCGGAGCGCGCACAGGGAAGAAUGGAGCCGUUUGUCGACUACACCAGCGUGCCGCACGCGGAGCUCAUGGUGUUCACAGGCAACAACGGCCCGGAGAGGUACGAGUCCUUCCACCAGUUGUACAUCACGAAAGACGAGUGGGAAAAGCUCAAAGCCCUCGGCGAUCCGCUGGACGACCGUAUUGUCGAGUGCAACAAAGAUGACCAGGAGCGCUGGCGUUUAUUGCGCUUCCGCGAUGACAAGCUGGAGGCGAAUCACAAGUCCACUGUUAGCAGCGUCCUCGAAAGCAUCGAGGAUCGUGUGACGCAGCAAGAUCUCUAUAAAGCCGCUGGGCCAAUUCGUGACAGCUGGAAAGCACGUCAAGGGAGAGGGGAUCGAAAGUAG